AUGGAUGAUAGCAUGAUACAAAGGUUGAUGGAAACUGUCCAACUCAUAAACACCAAUCUCGAUACCUCACCUGCUUCGUGGCGGGACCAACUACCAGCAAUCCGCAACACGAUAGUUUCUUUCGAAAUAACUGAUAGCGUCCCGGAAGAAGAGCGCAGGAAUUGGCAGUUACCUCUUAUUAGCGUCUUCCAGCGUGUAGCCUUCGCCGAUGCUGAUAACGGUGUUAUUCAAGACUUAGCAGAUUGGUGCCUGCGUCAGCUAGUGACCUUACUCCAAAUAUAUCCCGACAAUGUCGACAUUCUGACUCUAAUCGGUCGAAACUGGUUGCUAAGAGCGCAAAAGGCUCUGUCAAGCAUUGCGCGUACAGAGAGAAAUUCCUUCAGUAGCGAUACAAGCAACUUUAGACUGCUAAGCUCAACAACAAGGGGGUUGGUUGAAGCCGAACAACGACUACACCAAGCAGUCUAUAUCGAAGCGCGAGGAUUACUGUUGCCAGCCACAGACUAUCUCCAGCGUGCGGUAUACGUAGCAACAGAACAGGGCGUCGUUACUGGACAUCUCUUGUCUAUGGCUGCCGAGGCGUUUAUGAGCCUUGGAAACAUCACGUCCGUCAUGGCGAACGUUCGGUAUUUCCAACAAGCAAUUGCUUAUUUACGAGCCGCAAGAGAUACCCCGAACUACUUCCUAUCACCGCAUCUGGAACAGUAA